AUGGUUUCUAUUGCUAGGAUGAGAGUAUUAACCACAAUUCUAAUUGUAAUCUUGGGGGUUAAUUGCUUUGUUAGAAGUGAAUUUCCAUUGCCCAAAUUAGUGGACCAUACAUGCAAUGGUGAUACGUAUGACAAAAAUGGCCCAUUUGCGGACAGCUUGUAUUAUGUUCUUGUAGGCUUAAGUAAUGAGACACCAAAGCAAGGUUAUGAUUACUACAUAACUUCUCCUUAUCCUAAUGAUGCUUUAGCUUAUGGCCAUGCUACUUGCAGCUCUAAUGUAGCAUAUUCAGAUUGUGAUACUUGUGUACGGCUUGCAAGAGAUUACUUGAUGACUACUUGUGAUGGAAGCAUUGGAGGUCAAGCCGAAUUUGUUGAAUGCUCGAUGAGAUAUGAACAGUAUUCAUUCAGCUAA